CAGGAAGUGAAGGGUUACCGGAAGUGCUGCACAGCCUGACCUUCCUCAGCCAGAAGCAAGCAUGGCUUCCCCUGCAGUAAGUGCCCUGCUAAAGACAGCAUUACCAAGGUUUGGCUGCAUUGGGAUCCAGGCAGCAUCUUCACGGACAUUACUGCACACAAAGCCAAGCAUCAGAUUAUAUGAAACCGCCCCUGUUAUCGUGGCAGCGCCAAACCAGCAGCUUGCCAUUGAUGAUUUCAAUGAGAAAAUUAUUGCCGAACCCCUAAAGCAUCCAGAUUUUUUCAAUGUGAAGGAGCUGCUGUCUAUUAAGGAUCUGUUCGAAGCACGUGUUCACCUGGGACAUAAGAAAGGAUGUCGUCACAGGUUAAUGGAGCCGUACAUCUUUGGAUGUCGCCUAGAACAGGACAUCAUAGACUUGGACCAGACAUUGAGCCAUCUCCAUUUGGCCCUUAAUAUCACAGCACACAUCGCUUACCGAAAGGGAAUCAUCUUGUUCAUUAGCCGCAACCGCCAAUUCACCCACCUGGUGGAAUGCACAGCCAAGGAGUGCGGAGAAUACGCACAUGUCCGAUACUGGCAGGGUGGUCUUCUCACUAAUGCGCCUGUCCAGUACGGGUCGGGGGUUCGGCUGCCUGACCUGAUAGUCUUCCUAAACACUCUGAACAAUGUGUUUGAACAGCACGUUGCUGUACGAGAUGCAGCGAAAAUGAACAUCCCAACUGUGGGCAUUGUGGACACCAACUGCAACCCGAGUCUCAUAACCUACCCGGUGCCGGCAAACGAUGACACUCCCGCAGCUGUGGAGCUGUACUGCCGCCUCUUUAAAAUGACCAUCAAUAGAGCCAAGGACAAAAGAAAGCAAAUGGAGAUCCUGUACGGACUACAAAACAAAAUCACUGCCACGUAGAUCUUUUUUCCCUUCAAUAAAUACACUUUUCACGGC